AUGCAGCGUGGAAUAAAGGGUCAUGUUAUCGUGUAUCCGCAAAAACCCGAGAAAGUAGCGGCUGUCUUACCUCCCGCUAUAUCAGACAUAAUGAAUCCUAUAUGCGUCAUAUUUGUUGGCUCCCGUCCCCCUACGCGUAAGUGGUUAGAGGAUAAAGCAAAGCCGCUAGUGGUUAGGCAGCAGAAAAUAAUGGACGCCCUGCAAUGGUUGAAGGUCAAUAAUCCUCUCUAUGCGGACUUAGUAAUCGAUAUGCAGCGUAUAAAGGACUUGCCAGCGAACGGAAUACUACCUCAUGAUAUACAGCACUUGUCCCAAGACGAGAGCUCUUCAGCGGUGACCGCCAGAUAUGACGAGGGGGAGCCGGAGUUUGUGGAGGGAGCGUCCACACGCGACAUCAAGCGAGACAGAGUAGAGUUCCACAAGGUGGUCAUAACCGAUGUUGAAGGUCGAGCACCCGCCAACGAACUACGCGCUGCUGCUAUUCGCCACUUCAAGCACAAGGGUGGCGGUUAUGUCGAAAUACCCCAUCAGCCUAAACCCGUCAAUGAGUUCUAUAACCCUGCGUUGUUUCCCAUGACGUACCCUACUUUGUUCCCUUACGGUGUAGGCGGUUGUGAAGACAAAAUCCGCAAGCGUGCUAUAUCCCUAAAACGCCAUGUGCGGCAUCUA